GCCGGCGAAUCCGGCCAGUAACGCAAGAAAUGUAAGUAGUGUAAUGCAAGGCACAGUCGAAGUCGGCAACAUUUUUCGAAAAUAUAAUCGAGGUGACGCAAAACGCGAGACGAGAGGAAAUACGUCCAACCAGCUCGAUCGGCCUCACAAGACUUCCAUUCUUGUUAUUUACAUGUAAGCAAGGAUCAGGUUUCGGAAAAUUCCCCAGCAUCCGGCAACAGUCUACAGUUCUGCAUCCCAUGGGAGUGCAUCCUGAAUCAUAAUUCGCAAUAUAUUCGAGACAAGAAAGAGAGCAAUUCUAAAUAAUUAGCCAAAAUGGAAAUAGAUCAAAAUGUUGCACAAACUCUAUUGACACAAGGUGCUACGUUAGUUUUACUUGAUGUACCUGCGGGCACUGAUAUCGGUAUUGAUAUAAAGUCCUGGAAUGUAGGGCAGAAUUUUAAGGGACUCAAACUGAUCCCACCUGGAAUCCACUUUGUACAUUAUAGUGCAGCAAAUGAAUUUGGCGAGUUAGCACCUAGAGUUGGUUUCUUUCAUGACUUCCAGAAAGGUGAAUUCUUAGUGAAAAAAUGGGAUAACAAAAAGGAAGAUGUUAGUUCAGAAUCUGUACCUGACGAGACAGUUCAAAGGUUGAAAGAUAACAUAAAAGAAUUGAACAGGUAUUUAGGAUCAUAUCCAUACGAAAUAUCGAAAUCUUGGACAAAAUUAACAAACGAUAUUACUGCAUCUAUCAUGACGAGGUGUUCGCCAUUAUGUGGUUAUGUACGAUCCGCUUUGGAACUGGAGCAUUGCAAUGACGCUUCGAGACCACGUGGCCGAGAAUCUGAUAGCAAACGAAAAAAUUCCAGUAGACUCACGGCGGAGGGCAAGGAGGAGCAGAUGCUACCGAAUCUGAAACCGAAGCCUGGUACAGAACUCAGGCUUACAGAAAUACCAGACAGACAUUAUCCCGACGAUGCGACUCCAAGCGAGAUAACGCGGCAUUCUCUUGAUACUAGUUAUGUUUUGGAAAUCACUCUGAAAAAAUUGCAAGAACCUGUCGAAAUUAUCGGGGAAAUGCAGCUGACGUUCAUUUGCUUCCUAGCUGGUCAGAGCUUGGACGCUUUCGAGCAAUGGAAGAAACUCAUAUCGUUGAUUUGUGGCGCCGAUAACGUGAUUCCACAAUAUCGCUCUAUAUAUAUAGAAUUUCUGCAAGUCCUGGAAGAAGAAUUAUCGUAUGUGCCAGAAGAAGUACUCUGCGACAUUGUAGCGAACAAUAAUUUUGUAUAUCGUAAUCUGUGCAACUUAUUCGGUAAUAUCGAGUCAAAUUCUGAGGUGGACGAUCGAUUAAAAUCGUACGCCAAGCGUUUACAAGGUCGAUUGACCGCCAAGUUUUUGUGGGACUUUUCGAAUUUACUCGAAGAGGCGGACGACAAUGCGCCUGUUAUUGUCACUUUGUCACAAACACAAAUAAAUAAAUAAUAAUAAAUGAUUUAUUAAAACAAUAAUAUAAAUACACAACAAGUAAGAAUAUUAUAAUCUAUGACGGUCGAAGCUGAAUCUUUAAUGCUUUAAAUAAUUCAAUGUGAAUUGUAUACAUACUACAUAUGUACAUGCAUAUAUACUAUCUUUGUAGUCAUUCGAACUGCGCGCCGAAUUGGUUUUUCGGAGUUGGGACUUAUCAACGCAAUUAAACUACUGUAAUAA